CCCCCCCCCCCCCCCCCCCCCCCCCCCCCCCCCCCCCCCCCCCCCCCCCCCCCCCCCCCCCCCCCCCCCCCCCCCCCCCCCCCCCCCCCCCCCCCCCCCCCCCCCCCCCCCCCCCCCCCCCCCCCCCCCCCCCCCCCCCCCCCCCCCCCCCCCCCCCCCCCCCCCCCCCCCCCCCCCCCCCCCCCCCCCCCCCCCCCCCCCCCCCCCCCCCCCCCCCCCCCCCCCCCCCCCCCCCCCCCCCCCCCCCCCCCCCCCCCCCCCCCCCCCCCCCCCCCCCCCCCCCCCCCCCCCCCCCCCCCCCCCCCCCCCCCCCCCCCCCCCCCCCCCCCCCCCCCCCCCCCCCCCCCCCCCCCCCCCCCCCCCCCCCCCCCCCCCCCCCCCCACCCCCCCCCCCCCCCCCCCCCCCCCCCCCCCCCCCCCCCCCCCCCCCCCCCCCCCCCCCCCCCCCCCCCCCCCCCCCCCCCCCCCCCCCCCCCCCCCCCCCCCCCCCCCCCCCCCCCCCCCCCCCCCCCCCCCCCCCCCCCCCCCCCCCCCCCCCCCCCCCCCCCCCCCCCCCCCCCCCCCCCCCCCCCCCCCCCCCCCCCCCCCCCCCCCCCCCCCCCCCCCCCCCCCCCCCCCCCCCCCCCCCCCCCCCCCCCCCCCCCCCCCCCCCCCCCCCCCCCCCCCCCCCCCCCCCCCCCCCCCCCCCCCCCCCCCCCCCCCCCCCCCCCCCCCCCCCCCCCCCCCCCCCCCCCCCCCCCCCCCCCCCCCCCCCCCCCCCCCCCCCCCCCCCCCCCCCCCCCCCCCCCCCCCCCCCCCCCCCCCCCCCCCCCCCCCCCCCCCCCCCCCCCCCCCCCCCCCCCCCCCCCCCCCCCUCUCCCCCCCCCCCCCCCCCCCCCCCCCCCCCCCCCCCCCCCCCCCCCCCCCCCCCCCCCCCCCCCCCCCCCCCCCCCCCCCCCCCCCCCCCCCCCCUCUGUCUGA